UAAACCACAGCCAGAGAGAGAGAGAAAAGGAGGCUGUCAGGAGCUGAAGGCACGUCAAGCUGACAGAAAUGCGGUAUUCUCAGCAGUGUUUACAAAACGCAGGGCCGAGCCCGAGGCCGAAGGUUGGACCGCCCAACCGCGACGGCCCGAUCACUUUGAACUGUCAGCACCGUUUAAAAAUCAGCGAGGAGGAGAGGCGGAGCCCUGCUCUGACGGAGCACAACAGGCUCGGCAGGAGAGGAGUGAAAACACAAGAGGGAACGCAGUGGACACGGAGCAUCUGCAGCCUAAAGCCUCUGGAACCAUGGAGCUCUAUGUGGAUCUGCUGUCGCAGCCCUGCCGUAGCGUCUACAUGUUCGCCAAGGCGCUCAAGAUUCCCUUUGAGUUAAAGCUCGUCGACCUCUCUGCAGGGCAGCAGUACAGCGACGAUUUCGGAAAACUCAGCGUGGUGAAGAAGGUUCCUGUCCUGAAGGAUGGCGACUUCGUUCUGACUGAAAGCACUGCCAUUCUGAUGUACCUGGCAAAGAAACACUCUGUGGCGGAUCACUGGUACCCAGCCGACCUGCAGCAGCGAGCUCGUGUCCACGAGUACUUGUCCUGGCAACAUCUGAAUCUGCGAAGUCAUGCUUCAAAGGUCUUCCUGCUCAUGGUUUUUUAUCCCGUCAUCGUGGACGGCAAGGCCCCAAAGGAGAAGAUGGACGUAGCCCUCGAGGAUCUGAAGCACUCACUGGACCUGCUGGAGCAGAAGUUCCUGCAGGACAAACCGUUCAUCAUCGGCAACGAAGUCUCUAUUGCUGAUCUGGUGGCUUUGGUGGAGAUCUCACAGCCCACUGGAGCCGGCGUGAAGGUGUUUGAGGGCCGGCCCAAGCUGGAGGCCUGGAGGGAUCGAGUGAAGAAGGAGGUCGGAGAGAAGCUGGUCGACGAAGCCAACGAGAGUCUGAUGAAGGCCAGCAGCAUGCCGGAGAAGAUGAAGGACAACCCGAACCUGGACAUGCUCAAAGCCCGCUUCCGGAAGAUGUUCCAGUGAGGAGGUCAGGACACACGACGCACAGCUUCACGUCACGUCUCCUGAAAGCACGGUGGUUGGUGAAACGGUGUCAACGUUUUGUUUUGUUUGUCUGAUUUGGACGAAACAACAACUAAAGAAUCACGCAAUAAAAACUGUAAACUCACAAAA